GUUCUCACUCGCGACUGCCUUGAACAAAUCGAUAAGAUGUUCAACUUGUCGUCUGUGUUUCUCUCUCAUCAGUAGUCAUUCCUCUUUGUACUACCAAUAAUUGUUCUAUAAGACAUCAACAAAUGUUAUUAUAUAUGUGUUAUGAUUGAACCCAUGAUCGACCACUCCACCUAAUUAUCCCCAAACCCCUAAUUUUUCACCCUGUGUUUGUGUGUGUUUUGGGAGCGACAACGAUGGAGGGCGAUAGAAUUGAGGAAGCGACAUUGGCGAAUUCACCAGUAGAUGAAAUAUCGCAUUUGGCUCUUGAUAUAGGAGGUUCUCUCAUCAAGAUGGUGUAUUUCUCCACCGAAAGAGAACAACCUACAGAGAAAACACAGAAAGAUGGACGUUUUCUUAAUGGAAGGCUUUACUUUUUAAAAUUUGAAACAAGCAAAAUCAAUGAAUGCUUGGAUUUCAUAUCAUCAAAGCAGCUUCGAUGUAGAGGUAUUCAACAUUGUGGGUUCCCAACAAGCGACAAGAAUAUUAUUAAGGCAACAGGUGGAGGAGCAUUUAAAUUUGCAGAUCUUUUUAAAGAAAAGCUUGAUAUUAGUCUUGAUAAGGUAGAAGAAAUGAGCAGCCUUGUAUCAGGAGCAAAUUUUCUUUUAAAGGCAGUGCCAUCUGAAGCUUUCACAUACGUGAAUGGGCAAAGAAAUUAUGUGAAAAUUGAUCACAAUGAUUUAUAUCCAUAUCUCCUUGUUAAUAUUGGAUCUGGUGUAAGCAUGAUAAAGGUUGAUGGAGAUGGAAAGUAUGAAAGAGUAAGUGGAACGAGUGUAGGUGGAGGGACAUUUUGGGGUUUGGGAAAGCUUUUAACAAAGUGCAAGAGUUUUGAUGAUUUGCUGGAGAUGAGUCAUCAGGGAAACAAUAGAGUGAUUGAUAUGCUUGUUGGAGAUAUUUAUGGUGGAAUGGAUUACCUAAAGAUUGGCCUUUCAUCAACAGCAAUUGCAUCUAGUUUUGGCAAAGCAAUUUCAGAAAACAAAGAGCUUGAAGAAUACAAACCUGAAGAUGUUGCAAGGUCCCUUUUAAGAAUGAUCUCCAACAAUAUAGGACAGAUUGCGUAUUUAAAUGCACUUCGAUUUGGUCUCAAGAAAAUAUUUUUUGGAGGAUUUUUCAUACGUGGUCAUGCAUACACCAUGGACACAAUAUCCGUGGCAGUUGAUUUUUGGUCGAAAGGGGAGGCAAAAGCAAUGUUUCUAAGACACGAGGGAUUCCUAGGGGCAGUGGGGGCAUUUAUGAAUUAUAAACUUGUUGAAGAAUUCCCAAAUAGCAACCCGCUUGUUGGUGACUUGACUGAUAAUGGAAUUAUAGAGUGUCGUGUACACGUCAGCAGUUGAACUGUUUUAACAUUGAUAAUCAUCCAUUGUUGUCUAUUAUUAAUUAAUAUUAUAAUGUUAUAUUUAACAAGUGUAAUAGUGGGUCCCAUUACAAAUUGACAAGAAUGUAGAGAGAGAAAGAGAAAGGAAAAGAGAGGUGAUGCAUUUAUGUUAUUGUACUUUUGUCAUUUAUACUUAGUUCGAUCAACAGAAGUUGAUGUACAUUUAUGCAUUGGGGAAAUUUACAACCACAAC